AUGAAGAGGGCGGCCAUGAUUUUCAAUCUGGCAUUGGAAGUUGUUAGAAACGGACAAGCCUCGCCGGAGGUAUCCUCUGCCUUCUUGUUACGAUUUGCGGAGUCACUGGCCUUAAUCGAGGAUGUGUCUCGAAGCUCAAGUGUCUAUAAUGAGGCACUAGAUCAUUCAAGCAGACUGGAUACGGAGGAGAAAGGAUUGACCACUCUUCAAAGGAUCCAUACACGGGUUAAGCGCCUGGAGAGGGCAGCGAUGGCUUCGCAUAUCUUCGGAUUGAUUCAGUAUUGCAAGGAGGACGUUGCUACAUCACUGGAAGGCAUGCUCCAGUCUCUUCGUUUGUGGAACCGGACUGUGGACACAUUAGGACGCCUUAACCCUUCGCCUCAAUCCUCCGCUAAACCAUCUCCGGAAUCCAAUCCAUUUGAAAUGACAAGUAUGAAAGAAGCUCUUAUGGCUGAACAAACAUCCGCUCCAGCACAAUCACAACCUACGCCGAACAAGUCAUACCCUCCGCGAUCUUUCAUUCAUGAUUUGGAGUGGCGGACAGCUGAGGGACUUUUUGCCACCCUGUUCGCGUUGUCGCACAUGUACGUGACGCGUGGAUCUCCUCGGGAAGCUGAGUACUUUGCACAGCAGGCUCAGGAUCUUGCCGAAGCAUUGAACGUUCCCACUGUUGUUGGCCGUGCGUUCACUCGGAAGGCAGAGGUUCAGCUUCAUCUUGGUCAACUGCAGGAGGCAAAUGCGACACUGGAAAAAGCUGCUGCGUUGCUCUCUCACCUGCCAGGCGUUGAUACUAUUAUCGUUCAUCGGCUCCGAGCGGAGUGUAAUGAGCGAAGCGCUCAGCAUGAGGAUGCGCAAGAACUUUAUCUUUCGACAAUGAAAAUGCUAGAGGAGCUUGAUGGCGCGUUCCAGCAAUUCGAGACUUUGGCAUUUGGUCCUCGACGAUCACUAGGAACAUCCCCUCGGACAAAGCUCCUCCCUGACACUGUCGCUCCUGAGCUCCUGGCAGCCGUUCUUCACCAGCAUAACCUCAAUGGCUUGCUUGAGAAGUUCUUGUCCCUGCCAUCUUCAUCCCGAAUGAAGGCGAAUGAGAACUCCCUCAUGGGCAAACUAACUCUCUACAACGUCUAUGCUCGCUUCCGUGCUGAUAUGUUCCUAAGUUCCCUCACCGAGUCUAGUGAGUUGUUCAUUUUCUCGUUUGUUGCAGAAACUUACCAGUACAUCGUAGCAAUCGCCAUUCCCAUGGGAAUGUCGACUACGCACAAGGUUGCGUUUGCAUUACCUACUCAGGAUGUUCUGAACGCUCUGGAAGAGGCAGAGAAACUAUUUCAAGCAAACUUGUCAUUGACUUCUUGGAAUGGUAGCGUCCUCAAGCUUCGGGAUGCUGCGAUCUCAUCAGGAAACACUGAAUUUAUAAGUAGUUUCUCGACGAAAUCCAUUGCGCCAGUACUUUUUGGUCCUUCGCCGUAG